UUGCCACGUGUUCGAAUCUCCUUUCCCCUCUCUCACAUACUCUCAAUUUCCGCCUGUUCCAAACUCAAACUAAACAAAAAAUUAAAGAAAAAACACAAAAAAAAAACUAAUUAAUUUCCUUUGGUUGCCUGCAAAUUCCAUCAUCAUGUCUCGUUUGAUUCAGGCGCGACUUUCUCUUUCUAAAUUACAUACACUCGCAACGUCUAGAAGUUCUAGACUUCUGUCCACUGGACCUAUAGGGGCAGAUGGAGGCUCUAAAGUUGAGGAAGCUGAAACAGUUAGUGUUCCUCCUCCCCCUUCUGAGAAGCUACUUGUUUUUGGAGGCAAUGGAUUUGUUGGUUCACACAUCUGCAAAGAAGCUUUAGAACGUGGCUUGACGGUUGCUAGCAUAAGCAGAUCGGGAAGGUCAUCCAUUAACGAAGCUUGGGCUGAUCGAGUGAAUUGGCACAAAGGAAACCUCUUUUCCCCAGAAACAUUUAAAGAUGCUCUGGAUGGAGUAACUUCUGUUAUAUCCUGUGUUGGUGGCUUUGGAUCUAACGCAAACAUGUAUAAAAUUAAUGGUACUGCAAACAUGAAUGCUAUCAGAGCUGCCGCGGAGAAAGGUGUCAAGAGAUUUGUUUACAUCUCUGCUGCUGAUUUUGGUGUAGUUAAUUACCUACUGCAAGGCUAUUAUGAAGGAAAGAGAGCAGCUGAAACAGAGCUAUUAACCAAUUUUCCUUAUGGCGGUAUCAUUUUGAGACCUGGUUUUAUCUAUGGGACACGUCAAGUUGGUAGCAUGAAGUUACCUCUGGGGGUUAUUGGAUCUCCAUUGGAGAUGGUUCUUCAACACGCAAAGCCACUGACCCAAGUUCCGCUGGUUGGUCCUCUGCUCACUCCUCCUGUUAAUGUCACUGCAGUUGCAAAGGUUGCCAUCAGAGCUGCAACUGAUCCUGUAUUUCCACCGGGCAUCGUUGAUGUUCAUGGGAUACUACGCUAUAGCGGGCAGAAGAAGAAGUAGAGUGUAAAUCUUCUUAUAAACUUUUUCCCGUAUAGACAUGUCCUUGCUGAAGUUUUUAUGGUGUUUGCCUGGUUGAGGGGUGAUUCUGGGGUUCAUUGGUUCAUAGAAUGCGGUGAAAGAUGAAAAGUUGGUUUAUCCUUGCUUCUGUGCAGGUGCUUAAUACUUGCAUCCAUAAAUGAGUUCUCUUAGAAGUUAGAAACAAGCCAUAAAGCACAGAUGCUUGAGCAGAUUGUAAUUUUUUUUAUUAAAAAAAUAUCAGAUGAGUCUAGUUUCAGUCUCAAAGUAGGCAGGUUACAGCCCAAGAGUAAGCAGUUCAAUUGCAUUACCACUGUUUGCAUGUGCAGAGAUUUUGGAUUCACUUUUAAAUAUGGGAUUUUAUAUGGGAUGCCCUUAUAUUUUUUAAAA